AUGAUACUGAAGUAUUUUAUUGAUUACUUACAGGGAACUAUUGCUGAUUAUGUGUCACCCACUCCUCCAAUGAUACCGUCUUUGAUAAUCCACUGUCUGAAUGAAAUAGAAUUACGUGGUAUGAAUGAAGUGGGCCUCUAUCGUGUUCCUGGAAGUGAUCGAGAAGUUAAGGAAUUGAUGCAGAAGUUCUUAAAAUCAAAGAAUAUUCCUCGUCUUGUAAACAUCGCAGAUAAAUCAGCAAGUCUAAAUAUGAUGUAUGAAAUUGUCAGUGGACUUCCACAGCCUAAUAAAGAUACUUUAGCUUUUUUGAUGUUACAUUUGCAAAGAGUUGCUGAGAAUCCACAGUGUAAGAUGCCUGCAGAAAAUCUGUCUAAGGUGUUUGGCCCCACCAUUGUAGGAUAUUCAACUGAAGAUCCCUCAGAAUCAAAGUUAUGGAAUGAAACAGAAUAUCAAACUAGAGCAGUUCAUCUUUUGUUACAAAUAUCUUCGGAUUACUGGCAAAAUUUGCUGAACAUUGAACCUGAUGUUAUUGUUAAUAAAUAUACGACACCAGACAGAAUUGCAGGUUCUUCCUAUACAGGCUCAAUUAAUGAAAAUCUUACUUAUAUUUAA